AUGCACAACUCCACGGCGCGAAGACGCACUUCUGCCGAGCCGCAGCGGCAGACACAGGAAGGCCAUCAUCAGAAGCACGAGGAUGCUGCACACAAUCAACGACAAGGAAACUACACGAUCUCCAGCAGCGGCGCUGCCCUCGAAGGGGCGCAGUCGCUUCAGGCAGCUCACUGGGCACGUUAUUCGAGUAGGGCGCGGCAGCAGCAACCCGAGAUCACACAAAACGUUGGCGGCACGUCAGUCUCACUGCUGCUGUCGCGGAGCAUACGCGACCAGACGCACCCUCGCACUACCGGUAGCCCCUCCAGCGUGAUCAGCGCGCGCAGGGCGCAUAGUGCCAACGACAAGAACAACACCAGCGUCCUCGGAAAUGAAUCCCUCACGACCGGGAUGCCGCGAAGCCUCAGCCGACACAUCACCGCCUUCCCGUCUCACCACCUCUCGACUAGAUCUCCUAGCACCUCAUCCUCCUCGCCCGCCACCGCGUCUACCGCCGAACUGGAGAUGCCGAUGCAGCUCGAGUCGCUGUGGAGCAACAUUGACCGCUACCUCUUCGCGGUCUACACGACCCUGCAGACGGGUGACGAGAACUCGCUGCGGUCCUUGCGGUGCCCGAAACACCGAAUGAGCUGGUACACAGUCAUUUACAACGCCUGCAGCGGCGACCCUACCAAGUCGCGUGAGCUCUACGCACGCCUCGCGCUCCUCCUGCUGCACCUCCUUGAGUCCCACGUCCUCUUCCCCAUCCUGCAGAAUGUGGACCACAGCCGUGUGCAGUUUCUUACAGGCACGGAGGACUACAGAGGCACGCACGGAAGUGGAAGCGCCCAGCAGGAUCAAAGUAGCCGCAGCGCCCCGACGGAAAGCGGCGCCACUGGUGGCAGCAGCAGCGGCUGGAGUCGUUUUAAGAACAUCGCCACUGCUGCUGCCACCAGUGAGCCGGUGCACAGGGCAUCUUCAAAAGAAACGAACCGCAGCUCCUCCUACAGGAGGUCCUCCAGCGGGCACGGUAACACCAACGGCUCCUUCGCGUUUGUGAGGCGCCUGCUCUACCCCUCGUCGUACCCAACCGAGACAACCACAGCGGCGAGAACGACCCCAGUCGGCGGCGAAGGCAGUAAGAUCAGCAAGGAGAAGGGCGGUGCAGGAUGGUCUCCGCAGUCGCCAAGAGCACCCGCGACACCAGCCCCGGUAGACGGUGGCGCAAUCACGAGCAGCAGCGUUGUCGGCCGUGGCACCAGUUGGUUUGGGCAACAAGGCAGCAGCGCUCGCUGGGGUGCUGCACCGACGUCAGGCCCGCACGGCACCUUCUCUCACCACCACGCCCGCGUCGCAUCAAAGACGGGGCGAGUACUCGUUGACGCCGAAGAGGAAGUGCUGUCGGAGGUAAACACCAUCUCUCCCGCAUCGCGGCACUCACCUCGGCGACUUCAGCCCAGGGGAAGUAGCAGCGACAGCAGCUCUGCAGCCGCUCUUGCGUCCUUCAACGACACCGAAGAGGGGAGCCCCGGGCUGCGCACAGGCGCUGACGACGACGAGGACGAAUCACUACACACCAUGAACUCUUACCUCUCUUCCGAGCACAUCGGUCCUCUAGGCCGCAUCCGCACCAGCACACACUCGGGCGAAGACACGAGUGCCGCAGCUGUGCGCGAGGGUGGCAUGGCGGAGCUACCGACGAACGCCAUCUCGUCUCUCACGUCAACUCUGACGCCAGACGACCACACGCUUUCCCCAUCUCUCUCCCCAGACCCGUCUGUGAUGACACCCAUCAUAGCCAGCAACACCCCUUCCUCCCCAGUGAGGGACACUGCCGUAACCCUUGCCCCAUCUGCGGCCAGCGUGACCACGAACGAAGCGGCAGCCUCGCCCACCGCCCUCGUCUUCUCUGCCACAGCGACGACGGCAACACCCGCUGCACACGCCGCCGACCCCGCCCACCCAAACGAACGCCGCUUUAGUCUCUGCUACACAUUCCUACAAGAGUGGCGAACGUUUCUGGUCUUCCGCAGCGUCGUACUCUCGUGCUUCCGCUACCUAGACCAGUACUACACCCGCCGCUUUGGCAUGGACACGAUCACGCUCAUGUGCUUUAAAGUGUUCUACGUGGUCGUCUACGAGCCCCUUCGGCCACUGCUGCUGAUGGAGCUGCGCUACCUCAUGCAGUACGUGCGCGAGGUGUUCGAGACAACGGACCAGGUUGCAUGGGAGCAGCUAGGGCUUAUUCAAGAGACGUACCGUGUCAUUACAGAGCUGCUCCUCCUCGUGCAGUCUACCUCGUCCUCCAUGGUGGCUCAGCAGGAACAGCAGCAGCAGACGGGGCCUAGUGUCAGCGGCGGAGGCGGGGGUACGGCAGCGGCAGUCGGCGCAGCAACGACGUCCGCAGCGAGAAGCCCCAACAUCAUGAACACCCCCCCAAGCCUCGUGGCCCCUUUUGCUGAAGGUGUGUCAUCAGUGGUGGACCCACUCACGAUCGCCACUUCGGGGGUGGCGGAGACGUCCGAGAGGAGUCACUCCGGCAGCCGUGCUCGAAGCGCUGUUAGCGGCCACAACUUCAGCACACCGAGCAGUGCCGCCAGCACUCCCAAUGUGGGCCUGCUCGACACGCGCAACAGCGCCAGCACCGCUGCAACUCCUUCUCCGGUAGUCGCUGGAGGAGAGAGAUCUGGCGCGCAUUCACACGUCAGCAGACGACGUCGUUUGCUCUCUCUAUUCACGAGUGGACGCCUCGGCGAUGGCGCAAAAGGCGGCAGCAACAGCGGCCGCGCCCAGCGAGCCACUUCCACCCCAGCGGACCUGCGACCGAGUCUGGCAUCAGCGGCCUCGUCCGCGGCAGGACAACCCGCCCCCUUUGAAAGCAACCGUGGCGUCGGUGCUGACAACAAAGACAUGCUGCGGUCGAAAGGGGGCCGUGAUGGUGACAGCGGUGGUCUGCCGGCUAGGGAUGAAGCGGAUGGCCGAAGCGAUCAGCAGCAGGAGGGUGCGGUGAAGAGCUACUACAUCGCUGCGCCUGCCGUGGUAGUGGACCUCCGCGGCACGGUUGAGCUACGUGAUCGCCUCGAAGGCCAUACGGCCGCCCAUCACCUGACCACACAGGCACUAAAACAGUGGGAAGGCAUGCCCGCUGACCGCCGGCCGCGUCUCGGCACUAUCAUCAAGGAGAUUGCGAAGCCGUUGACAACCAUCGUAAUGGAGGAUGUAGCCAACGAGUACGUCGCCGGUAUCUACGCCUUCUACCGCUACAGACGUGACGCGCACCGCCGCAGUGAGCAAGGCCGGCGCGGCUACGUGGCUUGGGCAGUUAGUGUGAAGGAGCUGGAGAGGCAUGUGUGGCGGCGGGUUCAGUUGCCCUUCCUGCACGCCUCGCUGCGGUCUGCACUGAACGAGGUGCUCGUUGUGGAGCCUCACCGCAGCAUUCUGCUGGAUGCCCGCUUUGGGUUGCGUGCGCUGCUAGACGCAUGGAGCGCGAACGUGGAGGCGGCGGGCCUUUGCUUGGCCCCGCAGAUGUCGGCCGCCACGGCGUGGUCUAGCGGUGCCGCAGCGCAGGUGGGCGGCAGCGAGCACCUGGAGUCGCUGAUAUCGACUGGGUUGCGUGGUAGCCAUCAGAGCCGCAGCUCACCCUUCCCGCAUCAACGCACAACCCGCUCUCCCCUCUUUGAAGCUGAUGAGAUGCACGAGGAGACGUCGCCGAUAUCAUUUUCAUUUUUAUCCGGAGAGGAGGAAAAGAAGGACGACGGAAGACACAGCGGCAGUGGUGGGGGGGAUUGGUGCGGGGUACAGUGGACGACCGCGGCGAGCGGCAACAGCCACAGCACGGUCGUCUCCGCCAUCAACCGCGGCAGCGGCAAUCGCCUCACAGAAGAUCGUGGGGCGUGGGCAGGCAGGGGGCGUGGAGAGAGACACCCAUCUACAGUGGCUGUGGGAUCCACGCCACGUGGGAUGAGCAGUAUGGACAACAGCAUCUGGGCCCCACCCAAGGAAGCUGCGACGAGCGCUGCCUCCGCACCUUACCAGGGACUUGCUGAGCAGCCAUCCCCGUCCUCCGGUACCACCGCCUCUGUAGAAACCAGUUGGACCAUUUCUGGCGAGGCCGAGGGCGAUUUGGCGUCUGCGCUGGUCGCACUCGAGUCUCUCUAUCGCCUUUUCACCGAUGUUACCAAAGACGAGUGCUUUGUGCUGAUGGCCGCCAUCCUCAUUACAAAGCUGAUCCGUGAUGCAGCGGACAUCAUUGAGCGAUACCUGUGCGCUGUGAGCCGCCCAGCAUCAGCAGCGCCGUCGCAGCCGCACCCGCAAACACCCGGGAUUGAGUUCAUGGCAGGCUUGGUCGGACUCAUGGCGCGCUACACGGACCUCGUGGAGAGCGUCUUCCACAACCACGCGACCGUGCUCGGUGCCUUGUUCAACGCGAUAGAGGAGCUGAUGUGUCCCUUUCGCUGGACUCGAAAGGGAGCACUGCAGGCGUCUCAGCAGCGCGCCCACGAGGCGCUUAUGGCGGCUGCAGCAACAGCAACACCAAGGGCCUUAGGCAGGUCAUUGAGCCAGUUCGCAUCGAGCGCCGGCGCGGAUCUGCCGAAUGUGCUGCUCAGUCGAGACGCACGACAAGCCUCCAUGCCGCUCAUCGCGCUUGCGGCGAACUACCCACAAGCGGUGCAGCAGUUAAAGCUAUCGGUGUUGGUUGCUCGCUACGUGGACGCUCUCCUGCAGCAGGAGCGCCGGGGCAGUCGAGUGUUGAGUGGUAACCUUCACAAGCGUCUACGCCUCGUUGCACAACUUGUGGCACUGCUCGAGGACAAGGACACGUUUCUCGAGCACUACCGGCUGUGCUUGGCGCGGCGGUUGCUCAGUUAUUCAAGUGGUCCGGUGGCACCACAGUCAGGAGCUCCGCCAGGAACGGUAUCGGCGGCCGUGGGCGGAAAAGCAAAGCAGGCGUUGGCCGUCGGACGUGCCGUCCAGAGAUCUUCUGCGUCGUUCUCGCCGAACUUGGAGGUGGAGCGCCUGCUCGUGAGUUUCCUUCAGUCGCACCUCGGCGUCACGGCCACACACGCCUUCGAGGCGAUGCUGCGCGAUUACGAGGGGGCAGAGCGUACGCGAAACCUCUUCGAGCAGAAAUUGGCCUACCUGGAGCUCCCUGCGAAGAUACGGGUGCAGCUGAUUGCCUCCGCUCAGUGGCCGGCCUACCCCAUGCCUCCUCUGCAGGCGCACACCUCGCUGCAGCGCGGCAUGGAAGCGUUCCGGGACCACUAUGCCCGGCAGCACCCCUCACGCGCUCUGUUGUGGGUCUUUAGCCUUGGCAGCGCCACCCUCACCGCCGAGUUCGUCUCCGGCACAAAGCGGGUGGUCGCGAGCACGCUUUCGGCAACGCUGCUCUUAGUGGUGAGUGACGCCUACAACGCGGAGGCGCCUGAUGCGGCGCAAGCCGGCGUGCUCACGGGGGUUCAGCUAGCUCGCAUACUCGGACUGCCCUUUCACGCUCUGCGGGCCCACCUGCACUUGCUGACGCAGCACCGGGCGUUUAACCUCCUGCGGUGGAUUCCAGCGAACAGCGGCGCCGGUGCAGCGACAGCGUUCAUCAUGGAGAACGACUCCUUUUCGCUGAACCCUUCCUAUACCCACACACUACGUACAAUACGCUUGCCGCUACCCAAGGCUCAUCCCACUGACGUGCCGUCUGGCGGCCCUCGCGCAUUCGACGGUAGCACCGAACUCGCCACCCGCUCAGAGCCGUCUACAACCUCGUCUAGAGCAGCCGCGCCGGUGACAGCCUUUGCGGAUGAAGAUGCGGUUGUCGCUCGGCAUGUGCAAGCGACACGUCGGGCACUGCUCGACGCGGCUCUUGUGCACAUCCUCAAGAGUCACCGUGUCGUGCUCUUCGAGGACCUAUUCCAGACUGUAGCAAAACACCUCUCGCGUCAGUUCGUACCCUCGCGACGCGAUAUUAAGGCGCAGCUGGAGGGACUCAUCGACCGCGAUUACGUGAAGCGCAGCCCCAACGAUCCAAAGAUGUUUAUUUACCUUUCGUAA